AUGAAUCUCACAGUAAGGAAUGUUAUAUGCGAUUAUUACGUUGAAAAACCUAAUGGUUACAGCAGGCCUCAUCUUAAAACCAGUGCUAAAGUGCCUGUUAUACGAAUGUUUGGCAUUUUGGAAACAGGUCAGAAAUGCUGCAUGCACGUACAUGGCGUAUUUCCAUAUAUAAUUAUUCGAACUGGUCUGCAGUUCACUCCAGAAUAUGCUUCUUUGUUAUGUAGUAAGCUUGAAGCAAUUGUUUUGCAAAAUUAUCGACGACCUAAAUUCAAUAUUGAUUUUGCUAUAUAUGAAAUCAAACCUAUAAUAGUCAAAUCUCUGUAUGGUUAUAAUAAGAACGAUGAACAUUUCGUGCAAAUUUUGUGCUAUAAUUCAUUUUAUGCUAGAAUGUAA